UUUAGCCCUCGAAACUCGAAAGCAGUCGCAAAAAAAGCCUCGGCGACCGCGCGGUCAACAAGAGAGUGGCGCGGACGCUUUCUCUUUCUUCAUCUCCAUUUAUCCAUUUCUCCGUUGCGCGUCUCUGCCGCAAGAAGCAAAAACAACUACCAGAACGAAAAGGAACCGUAGAUUGCACGGUGCAUAAAUGAAACAUACAAAAACAUUAAUUGUUUGGCCAGAAUUUGUGCACAAAACAAACGCUAAAUGAAAACGGGAGUGAUAAAAGUCGAAAGUAUUUGUACUUCAUUAAUCGCGGCACAAGAACGUAAACAAAAUCGUGUGUAAAUUCCACGGGAAAAGAAGUACAAGAAAUACAAGAACAACAACAUGGGGACGCUUACGCCGUCAGCGACGCCGGCAGAGACAGCGGCAGCGCCAAUGCUCGAGACAAUUCGAAUUUCUUUUCGGAUGCUGAUGGACUAACUGUGCUUUAGUGGUUGUUCUAUAUGUGCGUGUAUGCGUGUGCGAGUGUAAAGUGGAAAAACAGCCAAGAACUGAAUGUGCAACCAAAGCAAAGCAGCGGAAAAUAAAAACCAUAAAAUAUUACAAGAAGCGGAAUCGGUGAAAAGCGUUAACCGAAGCCAAAAAAAUUACCGAAAACCAACAUCAAAAGUUGGCAACUUUUUAUUUUCGACCGCAGCAGCCGAAGAAGCAGCGGCGUCAGCAGCGACGCCCGACUGCAGCCAGCGUCGCGCUGGCAACAACAAAUUGCGAUGCCUGGACUUGUGGUCUUCAGACGUCGCUGGUCUGUGGGCUCUGAUGAUCUCGUGGUGCCGGGCGCAUUUCUCCUGACGAUACAUUUUAUAUGUUUUGUGAUUGUUAGCGUCUCGUUGGUUAUCUUUGAGUAUAAUACACGAAUUUUAAGCGUAAAAUUAUUGUUCUAUCAUCUAGUAGGCUACUUGUUGAUACUGUUUUUUUCAAUAUGUGUAGAAAUAGGUAUAUGUGUGAUCUCGAUGCGUGGCAGCAUUCUGGAUGCCGAGGCGCGCACCUCGAUCAACAUCUGGAUAUAUCUCAAGAGCUUGGUAAUACUGUUCGAUAUCGCCUGGUUGGGAGUGGGAUCCGUUUGGCUGGGGCAUUACUACACCACAGCGCCAAUCGAUGAUCCCAAAAAAGUAUACAUAGCCAUCAUCAUCUGCAAUUGGGCUCUGGUGGUGAUCACCCUCAUCACGAUAUGGUGCACCUUCGAUGCGGCCGGAAGGUCCUGGGUGAAGAUGAAGAAGUACCAGCGAUCGAUGCGCGAGACGGAAUCUCGGUUCAACUACAAGAGGAGCAACAGCAUGAAUCGCAACUGGCGGCAAAGAAAAGUGAUGCGCGCCUACCAGGAUAGUUGGGACCAUCGGUGCCGCCUGCUGUUCUGCUGCAUGGGCUCCUCGGAGCGCAAUCGCAACUCCUUCACGGACAUCGCCCGCCUGCUGAGCGACUUCUUCCGGGAGCUGGACGUGGUCCCAUCGGACGUGGUGGCCGGACUGGUCCUGCUCCGCAAGUUCCAGCGACUCGAGCGGGAGGCCAUCGUGCGGCAGCGCAAGAAUGGCACCUACGAGUUUCUCAGUGGCGUGCCGAUCACGGAGCGAACCCAGUUCCUAGCACUCAACGAUGCCAAAAACUACGACUUCUUUCAGACGGUCAUCCACUACAUGUACUUCGCCCAGGGCGCCUACGGCUGGCCCAUGUACGUCAUCAUCAAUCGCAGCAAGAUGUGGCACCUGCUGCCGGAACUGAAGUGCUUUGGCUGCUGUUGUGGAAGUAACGACGACACGGAGGUAAUUCAGGAUAAUUGCUGCCUGUGCAAUUAUGCGGCGCUGAAGAAGACUUUGCAGCUGGGCGACAUCGACAUCGUUUAUGCCACCUAUCACGUGGACGUGGGCGAGACGCCAUUCUUCGUGGCCGUCGACUACACCCACCGGGCGGUGGUGAUCAGCAUACGCGGCACCCUCAGCAUGAAGGACAUCCUCACGGACCUGAAUGCCGAGGGCGAGGUGCUGCCCCUUCAGCCGCCGCGCGACGACUGGCUGGGGCACAAGGGCAUGGUGCAGGCGGCCAUCUACAUACGCAACAAGCUGCAGGAGGAGAACCUCAUCGAGAAGGCGCUGCAGCGCAAUCCGGACCGCCAGACGCACACCUUCGACCUGGUCCUGGUGGGUCAUUCCCUGGGUGCCGGCACAGCGGCCAUACUCGCCAUCCUCCUGAAGCCGGAGCAUCCAACGCUCCAGUGUUUCAGUUACUCGCCGCCCGGUGGCUUGCUAAGUAUGCCCGCCGUGGAGUACUCCAAGUCAUUUAUCACCUCAGUGGUUUUGGGCAAGGACGUUGUUCCGCGAAUCGGUCUCAACCAAAUGGAAGCCCUGCGAGCGGACCUCAUCAAUGCCAUUCAGCGCAGCGUGGAUCCAAAGUGGAAGACCAUUUCCUGUUCGGUCAUCUGCUGUGGCUGUGGACCGGAGCCCACUUCCGUGGUCAACAUGUCUGGCCAGGACACGCACAUCAAUCAGUACCAGGAGGAACGCGGCACUGCCCGUUCGACCAGUGCGCAUCCGACGGACAGCUCGAUAGCUUUAACCCUGCACCAGCCCUUAUAUCCGCCCGGUCGCAUCAUUCACAUAGUGCGACACCAUCCCAAACCCGACGAGCAAAAAUACGACAGUGGUUGGAGGAACGUGCUGAAGAAUCGGGAGCCCGUAUACCAGGCCAUCUGGGCCGACUCGACGGACUUCGAUGAGGUGCUCAUCUCGCCGGUGAUGCUGCAGGAUCACAUGCCCGACAAGGUCCUCGCCGCCCUCAAGAAGGUUGUAACAACGAGUGGGCCACGCAAGCCGCAGCGCCAGACAUCCAAUGCAUUCUCCACCGGAUCGAACGAUGCCCACGAUGCGGAACUGGAGCCGCCGCAAUGCAGCAGCCGUCAAGGUGAGACGACGGAUGCGAUGAGAUCCGAACCGGAACCGGAAAUGGAAAUGGAUCCCAGUCGAAUGCAGAACCCGCACUCGCACUCGCAGUCGCAACACUGCAAGCGGCCCUCGCAAAGUUCCUACACGAAUCUGAGCAACUGCCUCGUCCUGACGCCGACGGCCCAGCACAAGCUCUGCCUGGAGACGUCCUUCACGAACGGAUCGGCGGCACCGCUGCAGCCGGCGCAGCGCCUGCACUCGGCGGGAUCCUCCCUGCUGAGCUCGGCCACCACGCCGUACGACAUAUCAAGUGCUCUGGACGACAGCCUGGCCACGGUGGCCCUGCGGCAGAGUCCCUCGCUGAUGAGUGCCGAGACCACGGCCACCGUGAUCGGUAAUCCCGAAACGGAUCCCUACUCCAAUGCCAAUUCGAGUCCGCAUCCCAAUUCGGAUGAGAUGGCCAUUCCCCGGCUCAAGGCGGUGGCCUUCGACAUGGCCUUAACCCCGCCUCCCUUGCUGCCCGAGAGAUCGCUGCUGGGUCGCCAGCACUCCGAGAAGAAGCCGCGUUCCCUGCCCCUGGCCCAAGUUCAGGCCCUUCGCCGUGCCUCGGAUGCUUCGGCGGCGGUGCCGGGCUCUGUGGACCUCCUCCACGACGACUGGUAUGGCCUGGCCCCGCUGGCCAGUCCCGAAACGCUCUCGGAGAUCUCCAGCGUCUCGUCGCGCACCAGUGUACCGAUCAGUCUGGCCAACAGCAUCGAGCGGUAUCUGCAAAACAUGGGCGUCGGCGUUGGAGUCGCUGUGGGCGCCCCAAAGGUUCCGCUGGAGGACAUCUUCGAGUCGCAGCUGCACACGCCGAAGGUGAUGCGGCGGGCACCCAAGUUCACCGAGAACUUGGCUGGCUGCGCCGAGGAUACGAGAAACCUGGAUCAGUACAAGCGACUGGGCCGUGUGUUCAUCACCUUUCCGCGCAUCUUUCCGGAUCAGUCGGACCAGUUUGCUGCCCACAGCCUGGGCUCCUCCAGUGACGACAGCUUCGAGUCUGCGUCGGCGCACAGCCUGCAGCGAUUGCAACUCCUGCCACAUGGCGGUGCUGGUGCGGUGCAGAGUUCCAAGUCGGCGGAUCCGCUGGACGGAGCACCGGAGAAUGCACCGCCGCCGCCCAAGAAGCUGACCUUCAGCGACAGCGACAUCCUGGCGGACGCGGACUGUCUGCGGCUGUGUCCUCAUUGUCCCUGCGAUCGGGAUGUCCAGCAUGGCUGUUGCACGCGCUCCGAGCAUGGCAAGUGUGGCAAUUCCAGCGGCGGAGGAGGCGGAGGCGGAGGAGGAGGAAGAGUGGCCGGCCAGCACCACACCUUGGGCUCCACGGACACGAGUUUCUACAGUGCCAGCUCCUCGUUGGAACAAUUCGGCACACCGGCCCGCCAGAAUGGUGGACCGCAUCUCGAGGAGAUCCUGAUGCGUCCCGGUGUGUUGGAGUCGCAUUUUCCCGUUGUGCCCGUUGUGGGUGGAAGCGGCGGCGGUGGCGGUGGUGGCAUGGAAACGCCCGCUCUGGUGGCACCCGCAUCCCCGUCGCCGCUCAGCAAUGGCAAGCGACCGGAUGUGGUCGGCGGGAGGGUGAGGAAGCGGCUGUCCUCCGAGGAGUUCGUCUUCUUCCGCGGCGACGAGAUGCCCAUUGUCGGUGGCUUGGUGCAGAUCGGUGAUAGGUGCUCCGGCGGCUCGCCGGCGGGACGCAGGCGUGGCAAGGCGUGCGUCUAUCCGGCCGGAAGUGCUGCCGGGCUGCGCCUGGAUGCCGUCGCUGCCGUCACUUCCGGUUCGCCCACGUCCAUUAGCAAAUUUACCCGCACCCGCGUGGCGGCCGCCGCCAAUAACGAAAGUAAUGUUUAAUAGUUGUAAGUUGCAAGCAGUACCUUACCAGAUGAUAUAGUAUACCCGAAACUCGUAACUCUCGUCAAAAUCUCGUAACCAAUUAUGCCGUUGCCACUGCUUUCAUACGAGCGACCCAGAAAGUUGAUAAAACAAAAAAAAAACAAAUUAAAAAGAAAGACACACACAAUACAAAACAAACUAACAUUUUGCAUACCGAUUACCUAAGGAAAAACAUUUAGCGUUAACACACGGGCGUUUACUAUUAAAUAAAUGCAAUAUAUAUACAUAUAUAUUUUUUUGUGCAGCCGGACCCCAUGCGACGACAAAUUUUAAUAAAACG